UGCUUAGGUAAGUAUUGCCCAGUAUGAAAUAAUAAAUCUUGGCGACCCGCAAGAUUUUACUCCUACGGAUCACCAUAAGAUCAGAUUUUGGAGGUGGAGUUUAUUUUCUCGAAAUUUUCGAAAAAUCCUGUUUAUAAUCACCCUAUUUUUCUUACCAUGAAUCGGUAGGUUGAAAAUUCUGAAAGGUAAGAUAGGAAUUCUUUGAUCCUUCCCAAGUGGAAAAUAGUAAAUGGGCUCCAGUUCACGGACAUGGAAUGUGGCGUCCUGUCUUUCCUAAAUGGCCCAAAUAACUCAGUCAAACUCAAAUGGCAAUGGUUCUACAACCCGUAUCCCCUCCAUCCAUGACUGAUAAUUCCCCAUUGAAACAGAAACCCUAGAAAUGCUAGCACUUCGCAAGCUCUCCUCAAGCUCAAAAUCAUCUAGCUUUCUCUGUUCCUUCGCUAUCCAAAGCUCAAUCUGCAGCUCCGCCACGAUACCCGACGUUCCCAGUUGCACUUACUACGACGCGCGCAUCAACGAGGCUGGCCGGCAAGGAGAUUUCGCCACUGUCCACCACCUCCUCAACAAGCGCGUGACCGAUGGCUUCUUCAACACCAUCAAUACCUUCAAGUUCGUUUCUACAACUAACCUCUCCAUACUCGACGAUCUAUUGGAUACGAUAGCUCGCUUAGACAAUGGUUACCCAAAAAAGUGCUCCUACGACUGUCUCAUCGCGCGUCUCUCGAAGAUGCACUGCAUUUCGGAGGCCACGCGUGUUGCCGAAACCAUGGUGAGUAAAAGGCACGGAGUGAACAAUGUCACGUUUCAUCCCAUAAUCAACGCGCUCACGAAGAAGGAGGAAUUCCACGAAGCGUGGCGCGUGAUGGAAGUGAUGAGAUCUAACGGUAUCGCACCCGAUUUGACGGCGUAUAAUUUUCUGCUGACUGGUUAUUGUUUCACCGGAGAUGUGGUAUCGGCUGCCGGAGUUCUAGCGAAGAUGGAGGAGGAAGAGCUCGGGGCGGAUACGAGGACGUACGACGCACUGGUUUUAGGCACGUGUAGAGUUGGGAAAUUGGAUGCGGCUUUGGCAGUGUUGAGGAGGAUGGUAGAUGAUGGAGUUUCGCCAUUGUAUUGCACACACGCCCACAUUAUCGGCGCGUUGCUGAAGUACCAGUUUUAUGAACAAGCAGCAGAGUUUGUUAGAAGCUAUGCAGGGAGAGACGUGAAAUUGGAUUCGGAGAAUUUUGGAAUACUGGCGACCAGGUUGAUCACCAGAGGUAAAUUCGAGGAAGCUAAGGAACUGGUGAAAGAGAUGACUGAAAGGAGAUUGGCAUUGGGUCCUAGAUUGAAGGAUUUCUAUGAAUUGCAUGUUAGAUCAUGAGAUAUUGAGAUAAUUAUUACUUAAUAUGAAUGCAGCAUUUUUGAAAUAUAUAGACUUGGUUUUGUUGCGUUGUUAGCAAAGAAAAAAAUUCUUGAAGUAUUCAUUAUAUGAUGUAUACGGAUUAUGAAUUUGAUCCAUCAUAAUGGAACGUUGAUUUGAUACAAUUAGUUGUAAAGAUAAAUAAAAGAGCUGAAAUAUUUAUGCUGUGCAGUUACCCUUUUCAUCCAGAUUCUAAUGCUGGAUUGAUUUGUUCAAGUUUUAGGGGAACGGACCAUGUUGCUUUCAAGUUUUAAAGAUCAAUGUGGCUACAAACACAUCCAGAUGAUUAAGGAGAUAAAAUUAAUCAAUUGAUCCAUGAAGAACAUGGUUGGUGUUAAACAAUAAUAUAUCUUUUCCUUCAUGUUUUCUUCAAGGACCUAUACUGUUUAUAAAAAAAGUACCUCAAGGGAAUGCUAAAAGCAUAAAAUGGCGUACACGGAUUGCUCUGGCUAGUUCGAUUAAGAAGAUAAAUGAGAAGAUCAGUGAGAAUGUCUUGAGAACUUGAAGCAGCAGCAGCAGCAGCUAAUAGAGUUGGUAAAGGGCAGUAUCUACUCAAAGGAUGUUUUGGAUGAUCUAUCAUACGUUGAAAGAUGGAAACGUCCAUCCACACACCCUGCUCUUACCGCAGGUCAUUGCAUGCUGGCAAAGAAUUGACAACAUGGUUUCAUCUCUGAGAAAAAGAAUUGAUGAUGUAAGCCCGGCUGCAAUUGUAUCCCUCUGCUCACUUUGGUUGCAUUUUUAGGUAAUUAGGUCUUCAAGUUUUCUUAUUUACCUAAUGAUUUGCAGCUAAUGAUGUUAGUAUUGCUAUAUACUUUCCAUUUUGAAAAAGAAAAAAUGUUGCUAUACACUUGGAGUUUAUUUGCUUAUUUUUUAGAAAGUUGUACUUAUGAGCAGCUGUUGCAUCUUGAAUGACAGACGGUGAAGUUCACUGCUGA